AUGAAGUGCUUUGCUUCAAAGUUGGCUUCCAAGAUCAGCAACAUAACUCCCAGCAUCGAGGAGGAUUGGCAGCCAAACUUCAAGCCCAAUCCUUUCAAGUUCUUCAGCCCCUCUGACGAUGAGCAAAAGUGUGUUUGGCUCAGAUCCCAGAUCAUUGGCUCCCAGCUCCAAAUCUCCACACCAUUCGGCAGCAGGCUUCUCACUUAUGCCGAUUACACUGCCUCUGGCCGCUGCUUGUUCUAUAUUGAAAACUUCCUCAUCAAGCACGUCAUGCCGUCCUACGGGAACACGCAUGCCGAGGACAGCUACGUUGGAGAGAAGACCACCCGGAUGGUGAAACUGGCCACGAGUUAUGUCAAGGAGUCCCUGGGAGGAACCGAGGAUGAUGCUCUCUUUUUCUGCGGCUCUGGAACCACUGCAGCUGUGAAAAAGCUCCACGAACUUUUGGGCUUGUCUGUGCCGCCCCAAAUAAGAGAGUCAGCCGUGGCAGCGAUCGAUGACAGGAAGAGAUGGCUGGUGUUCAUAGGCCCAUACGAACAUCAUUCCAACAUUCUUCCCUGGAGCCAAAGUCUUGCCGAGGUUGGACUUUUUCGUUUCUUUCAAUCUGUCAGCUGUUUAAACCAGGUUAUUCAAGUUCCAAUGACCGAGGAUGGAUUGAUUGACAUGAAGUACCUCGAAGAGGAGCUACAAAAUCCCAAGCACGCAGAUCGUCCAAAGCUGGGUUCCUUCUCCGCUUGCAGUAAUGUCACGGGAGUUUUAGUGGACACUAGAGCCAUCGCUCGCCUUCUACACAAACAUGGAGCAUUAGCAUGUUUUGAUUUCGCAAGCUGCGGUCCAUAUGUGAAGAUCAACAUGCAAUCGCAAAAGGCUGAUGGAUACGAUGCUGUGAUGCUGAGUCCACACAAGUAUGUCGGAGGGCCAGGAACGCCAGGCCUGCUUUGCAUGAACAAAAAGCUCUACAAGCUCAAGGAUCACGCACCGUCGACAACAGGCGGAGGAGUGGUAGACUUCGUCAACUACAACAAAGAGGACACGCUCUACCUGGAGGACAUUGAAAGCCGAGAAGACGCUGGAACACCUUCCAUACUCCAGCGGAUAAAAGCCGGGAUUGUCUUCACUGUCCAAGAAGAAAUGGGAUACCGUCUCAUCGAGUCGAGAGAGCACAACUUCAUCACCACCGCGUUGAAACGGUUGUCCAAGAACCGAAAGAUAGUGGUGCUCGGGAACACGCAAGUGAAACGAGCAGCAAUCGUCUCGUUCCUCGUCCGGACCACUGAUUCCAACGGUGGAAUCCAGCAAACCGUGCUGCAAGGCCGGUUUGUAGCCAAGCUCCUCAACGAUUUGUUUGGGAUCCAGUCGAGAGGAGGGUGCUCGUGUGCUGGUCCUUACGGCCACUCGCUUCUCAAAGUCAGUGAUGAGCUCUCCCUGAAAUUUCGAGCAGCAAUUCAAGAGGGAUAUAGCGGUGUCAAACCUGGAUGGACGCGCUUGAACUUCGCAUACUUCCUCUCCAUGGAAGAGUUCCAUUUCUUGCUGUGCGCCAUAGAGUUCGUGGCGGACUAUGGCCAGCGCUUUCUCCCCCUCUACGAAUUCGAGUGGCAGACUGGGAACUGGAAAUACGAGGAGAAGAACAGCAUCAACACCACCGCCAAGGCAACAUUACACAAGGAAUGGACCAAACUCCCGCUGCUCCAGCAGCACAAAGAUUACCUGGGUACCGCUAUGGCGAUUGUCAAGCAACUGGCUCACGAUCCAGGCCAGGGCAGCACGGCGCCCGCCGGCAUUGAUCCCGAGCUCGUUACCUUUCGAUUCUAGGGUUCUAUGUACUAGUAUAUU